CGACAACGCGGUAACAGUGAGCGGUAGAGAGGGGACCAAUUUUUGUCGAUCUGUUCUCCACUAUUAUGUUUGUUAUUUUAGUAGCUCUCCAAACAUCAAAUAAGUAGUAAUAAUGAGUACGAAAAAUUAUUUUGAUAUCGAAUGUUUAAUAACUGAAGUGCAAUGUAGGCCGAUUUUAUGGCAAGAUAAUCAUAAAGAUUAUAAAAAUAAGUCUAUCACAGACAUGAUAUGGGAAGAAGUAGGAAAGCAGUGUAAUUGUACAGGAGUUGUUGCAAAACUGAAAUGGAAGAAUUUAAAAGACAGCUAUAGGAAAAACAUACAGAAGCUUCCUCCUUUGAAAUCUGACUCGAAAGCAACGACCCCAUGUAAGAUCAAAUGGCCCUAUUUCGAAAUGAUGGGAUUCAUCAAGGAUUAUGUAGCUCAUACUCGCGGUGCGAGUAAUCUGCCAGAUAAUUCGUUCAUUAGCGAUGAUAAUAUCGAGGAACAACCUGAUGAAGUUUCCAAUGAUAACGUCAAGGAUACGAGUGAUUUUGCAAGUACUUCGAAUUGUACGCAGGAAUACUCCACUUCCACACCCAUCCAAUUUUCGGAUCCAGGAUUUCACUCAAAUUCAAAAUGUUCACAAAAAUCUAAAUACAAAUACAAAAAGCAGCGGAGGGACGUAGAUAUCGAAUUUUUAAAGCUAGAGGAACAGCGGCUAGAGUUAUUGAAAAAAGACAUAAACAACAAAAGCGAAGAAAACUCAGAUCUUCAGUUUUUUAAAAGUUUACUUCCUUUUAUGGAAUCGUUAUCUCCAAUCGAAAAAUUGGAAGUAAGAGGCGAGAUACAGAAUGUUAUUAUUAAUAAACUACGAUCUAGGCAACCAGUCUAGAUGGUAUACUGGUAAUAUCCGAAAAUUCAAACGCCAUACAUAUCCAUUCAGGAAAAUCAACAGCAAACUCGAAUAUAUUUUUUUAUGUAAAUUCAAACUUUAGUGUAAGAAUUAGUGCAAGGAUUAUUAUUUACGUACAUACAGUAACAUUAUGAUACAUCAUAUCAUUACAUACAUUAUCUAUACAUACAGUACAUGUAUGUAUAGAUAAAUCAAUUUUGUAAAUUCAUGUUGCUUUUUUAAUCUUAUCAAAUUUCUUUUGUCCGUCGCUGUAUGUACGUACACAAUUUUGAGCGAAUGUAACAGUAAUAAUAUAUUAAUAGGAUUUAAGUAAUAAUGAAACGUUUCGCGUACGGCUUCCGUAUAAUACAUUAAGCGUAAAUAAUUUCGCGUAAAUAAUUUUCCAAAAAUAUAUAGUAACACAACGCUUUAUUAUCGUUCCUAAACUGAUUUUAUGAGAUGAUACAGUGAAUUGCAAUUUUACGACUCUCUUGUUUACCCGUUCCAAUCGUUUCCGGACGGUUCUAAUUUUUUACGAAAGUGUUUUUUUCAGACCAUGUGUCCAACUUAUAAUUAUUUACGUACGUCUUAGCCAUGACACAUCAUUUUUCGUUGCAAUUACAAGAGAUUCGUAUCAUUGUUGAUAAAUUAUCGAGCGUUUGGUUAAAUAUUUAUAACGUUGAUAAUUACAACUGUUUCAUAUAAAAGACUAAUUUUAUUCUACAUUAGACAUAUCCGUAUUUAAAUUUAAUUAUAUAUGUACAUACAUGCGUUAUACACACAUGUAUUAUAAGUAAAUCAGCUGAUGUAUAACUAAUAUGUAAAUAAUGACUCUAUGCAAUUGUAACUGGACGACUUAAAGCAUGUCUUACUACUAACUUAUUGUCAUGGAUGUCACGAUGUCAGGAUUUAGUUGAAACAUCUCUUUAACGUGUAUUCAUUUUAUGAGUCUUGCCCGUGCUUCUUUGUUCAAAUUUGAAAAUUGCCGUUCUAUAUUUUACUAAGUAUAUAUAGCAAUCAAUGGAAAUAGUUAAUUAAGUUUAAGUCUAACUAACUCUCGUAAUUGUAAUUGUCUAUGAAACAAAAUGUAAAGUCAUAUUAGAAAUUCAUACAAAAUUACCAUUAUUGCUACUAUAUAAACAUCGAUUGUGAAAAUUGUUAAGGGAAAGCGUAAUUUUAGAAAAUAUGAUUAGGGGCAUUAGGUUUGUGACAUCAUCGAGAUAAUUACCAGAAAUUGAUGAGAAUUGUUGAAUCAUAUGUAUGAUACGUUACAUUCUAUUUCUUAUAUAAUACGUGCAACAUGUAUUUAUGUUAACUAUUACUUUAGAAGUUCUAUAUAACAUGAAACACAGCUUCCUUUUUAAUACAAGUUCGUACACCUAGGUAGAGUAAAGUAAGGCGUUCAACGAUACGAACGUAGAAAUUGUUUUAUAUCAUUAUUUGUCAUAAAGUGUGAUUCUUCCUUGAAAGUAACGUACAAGACAAUCAAGCACAAUGUUAUUAGCUACGUGGUUAAUAUCAGAUAUUUUGGCUAUUUCAAGCGUUGUAAUUGCCGGAUGGUACAUCUAUUACAAACUACAUAUCUUUAAAUUUUGGCAGAAAAGAGGAGUAUUUUAUGUCGAACCUACCUUCCCUACUGGUAAUAUAAUGCCAAUUGUAAUUGGCAAACGAUCACAAGCCGAGUUUUUUGGAGAUAUUUAUCAUCGAUAUAAACAGCAUCCUCUUGUUGGUAUAUAUAUGCUUCACAAACCAUUUUUGAUUAUAAACGAUCUUGAUUUAACUCGAGACGUACUGGCAAAACAGUUUACGAAUUUCCACGAUCGUGGAUUUUUUUGUAACGAAAAAACGGACCCGCUGUCCGGACAUCUAUUUCAAUUACCUGGAAAAAAGUGGAGGAAUUUGAGAGUAAAAUUGACACCAACUUUUACUGCGGGGAAACUUAAACAGAUGUUUCCGAUUAUGAAAGACAUUGGAAAUACCUUAGCAACAUAUUUGGAAGAAAAGGCACAGACAAGAUCGACGAUCGACGUAAAAGACGUAUUUUCAAGAUAUGCCGUCGACAUUAUCAUGUCAGCAGCAUUUGGAAUAACGUGCGAUAGCUUGGAGAAUCCGGACAACGAAUUUCGCUAUUGGGGAAAGAAGAUAUUUGAUCCGAAGCCUCUUUGGAAUGCUCUUAUCGUAUGGGCCCCGCAGGUGUUUGAUUUCUUUUCCAUACCAUAUACCGACAAAGAUGUUACGAACUUUUUUAUAAAUGUGUUUAAAGAAACUGUGGAAUAUAGAGAAUCGAAUAACAUCGAACGAAAAGAUUUUUUGAAUCUAUUGAUGCAGUUAAUGAGAAAUGGAUAUGUGGAAGCAGACGAUAACUCGGAAGCGGCAACUCUUGCAAAAAAUAAAUUGACAAUGACGGAGGCUGCUGCACAAGCUUUCGUCUUCUACUUGGCUGGUUUUGAAACAUCUUCGACCACAGUAACAUUCUGCCUGUACGAAUUAGCGAUGCAUCAAGAUAUACAGAAUAAAGUACGCGAAGAAAUUCAAACACACCUGGAGAAGCAUGGUGGUGAUCUGACAUACGAUGCUGUGAACGAAAUGACUUAUCUCCAUAAAGUGAUCUCUGAAACAUUACGGAAAUAUCCUCCGGUUACUGUCCUAAACCGUAUUUGCACAAACGAAACAACAAUGGAGGGAACAAAAUUUGUCAUACCUAAAGGAAUUGCUGUGACAAUACCCGUUUUUGGUAUUCAUCGAGAUGCCAAUAUAUACCCAAACCCGGAUAAAUUUGAUCCAGAACGAUUCAGCGAAGAAAAUAUAAAAACUAGACAUCCUUAUGCGUAUUUACCAUUUGGCGAAGGACCAAGAAUAUGUAUUGGAUUAAGAUUUGGCCUUAUACAAACAAAGGUUGCUGUAAUAAAUGCUUUGUUAAAAAAUAAAAUGACACUCGCACCAGAAACACCAACUACUUUGGAUUAUGAACCGGGAUCUCUUAUAUUAAUACCAAAGGGUGGUGUACAUUUGACUAUCGAGCCACUAAAGUGACUGCAUCGUUAAGAAUACCAACAAUAAUGACGUAUUUGUGUUAAACGUUUACAAGUAAUUUUUACACACUUUUUACGGAUUAUUUUUUAUAGAAAAAAUUCUGCAGUUGUCGAAAAAUAAAAUUAUGCGAAAUA